AUGGAGCCUUCUCCCCUAACACACCAGCCCCGGCCCGAGGUUUUCCAGCCCAAAAUCGUCCGGCUCUAUGAAGCCCUAUUCAAGGACGAUGAAGAUGCACCGGCCGAAAAGCCCGAAGGCUUCUGGAAGGAGUUCUUUCUCCUGCGGCCCGACCGCGCCAGCUUGAGGCGCAUGCUCGACGAGACCCCAGUCGGCGAUUUACUCCAUCUGUCGACCCAGACAAGGCAACUAUUCAUCAAGGCGGUACAGGCGUUGCGACGGCCAUAUGGAGUCGGGGAUCUGCAUGCACUCGACACCUUGUCCACGUUCAUGACUUGCGUGCUUGCAAAACGGUACACAAACCCGAGCUCGGAUAUCAUUGAGGUUUUGGCCGGGCUGGAUCAGAUCGAUACCGUGUUUGGGGACUUUGUCGCAGCGCUGGAGGGCCUCAUACGCAAUGGAAGGGGCCCAGGGGUAGAGUGUUGCCCACAUGGGGUUGGUCAUGCGCAGGACAAAAGGCAGCCGGCGGAUGGACAGGAACCACAGCAGCAGCAGCAGCAGCGAAAGGGGAAAUCCAACUGCACUUAUACAGCCGAUUUGCAGCAACGGGCGGUGGAACUGGCGCUCGCCGUGUCCUCGGGGGCGUAUCAAACGAGCUUGCUCACGUACUUUAUUCAGAGGGAUCUGUUCCCAGCGAUAAUAAGCUGUAUUCAAUCACAAUCUUCACUGGAAACUUCUGGCGACGAGACGAGGAUAACGAGGCCGUUCAUGCUGCUUGGACUGCUGGCCAACUACAACAAGUUUGAGUUUCAAAACCCUUAUCAAAUGCGCUUGAACGAUUUUGUCAACGAGCGGGUCAUCAAGGAUAUCGUCAAGGGCGUGGGCAAGACGUGCCAGAAGCUCCGGGAUCAGUAUAUCGAUGUCCAAGAAGACCUACCAGAAGGAUGGACGCUGGCCAACACGCUCAACAAGAUUGGGCUAGGGGCUAUUGCGCCAGGGGGAAAGCCCCCGCCCAAACCGGUCUACGACGCAGACACUGCCAAAAGAAUGUUUGCCGAGCUGCCGGGAGAGGAAGCUGCCGUCUUGCUUGCCACAUAUGAUUUUUCUCACGCCAACAAGCUGUUCAGUCUGGAGCUGGUGACCGGUGCCCCAAGGUCGGAAAAGGGGGAAGACUCCCCGUUUGCAAACUUCAUUUCUCUCACGUCCUACCUCCUCCAGCACGCCCACCUCUCCCAGAGAACAACCUUGUAUUGUCACCUCAACCUGAUGGUGUUCCGGUUACUGAUUGAGGACCCUGUCCUAUGCAAAAGGAUGUGUUCAGACGAAAGCAAAGUGCCGGUGAGGCUUUGCCGGCAACGAUCCCCUUAUUUGCCGCUGGUGCGGUCCGAGAGAGUGAUUGCCACAGCUGUCAUGGACACCAUGAUUGACGCCAUCAACCACAAUCUGCGACGCAGACUGGACGUCGGCCUCUACACGCUGUGUGUCGGCAUUCUGCUGCGAAUCAUUAGCUACAUGUCCCGGUCGCGAACACGGCUGCAGUACCACUGGGCUGACCUGUUUCGGUCUCUACUCAGCCUGAUCCGAUUCCUGACAACAUAUGCCUCUGAUCUCAAGGGGCUGAGUCACAUCAACACGCUGUUGGAUCAUGUGGUCAAUUUGCUCGCCUUGGGACUGUCGGCCGGUGAGACAUUCUUACCCACACCGGCAGCGUACGACGAUCUGUUUUACAAGGUUGUCGAAACGGGGGAGGUGCUGGUGAAGUUUAGAGAUACCUACGGGCUGGCCAACAGGGCGAGCAACUCCAUCGAUACGCUUGUCAGCGUCAGUGUCCACUACAAGGAGAUGCUGGGAACUGAUGGAUCCAAAGCGGUCAAGGGCAAGAGAACCGGGGGGCAGUUGACCAGUCUGCAAGUGGCCGAGGUGAUCAAGCAGGGCUACGAGACGCUCAGCAUCCAGGCAAAGGAGGGGUUGGAUAGCUGGGAAAAGUACAGAGAGGCGGAUGAGCGGACGCUGCUGAAGAAGAUGGGAAGGCAGGCGGUAGGAGACGUGGGGGCGCUGAUUUCAAGGUGA